AACAACAGCGUGGCCUUUUGUUUGUAGUCGCCGUGUGUGAUCCACUUGUAAUUGUGAUUGCUGGAGAUCGUCAUUGUGAGUGUUUUUUCAGUUGCAGUAAAGCGUGAGAGGAGUCUGAAGAGUUGGAGUUCAACGCUGGUAGGCUAUGGCUAAUUUGGGGCCAGCAGAUGACGAUGUGAAGGUCCUUGAUCCUGUUGAGUUGGAGGUAGAAGGAAAGGCUCAAGACUGCAUGGCGGACGACCCUGUCGUGGGUCCAAGGCAGAACAAGUGUGAAGAGACAGCAUCGGCAACACAGAAGUCGAUUCUUGAUCCCUUGCUUAAAAACCCUGGCGGGGUCACUCAGAUCUUUAAUGAUAUGCAUGGAAUUCCGGUUGGGUUAGAGGAAGAUCAACCACAUGACACAGCUCCUGCUAGUGCUAGCAUGAGGCACGCAGCUUGUUUGACUGUUGGUGCUCAAAGAUCAGGAGUUACAGAUUGGGGAGCUGGAACAGAUUGCGGAAGGAGCGGCAAACCUCUAGAUGGUGUACCUUACUGUUCACUAGCUGGAGUGUGAACCUAGCUCCCUCCUUUCAAGAAAUUAUGUUGAAAAGAGAUUUCCUUCUAUUGAUGUAAUGGCUAUCUGACUUUCCUAAUGCAGAUGUUCACGUUAUUAGGCACUCCA